GCUGGAGGCGACGCGGUCAUUGUCAUGUCGAGGAAACGUCGCAUCCCGCUGUCCAAGGCGCCAGAGUCCCACCUCUUUGAAGCGGACUACGACUGCUGGGUCAAUGUUGUCCGGCUGCGUCAAUGGGUGUCGUCAGUGGAUGAAUACCAGCAACCGCGCCACCAAACGCCCACUCUACUGCUCGUGCUGUCACCCAUCUCGAUCAUCCUCAAAGUGGAACCGAUCAUCCAUUCAGGCCAAGUGGUCGCGUCGGACUUCGAAGUGCUCCGCACGUCCCUCGCGCCCAAUUCUCGGGUGUUUUGUCCGUUGAAGUACGAAGGCCUUCUCUGCGAAGGUCUCGGCGCCGCCGCCGGCAGCCUCAACCUCACGAUUGUGGGUCGUCCCGACUCGGAAACCCCGCGUGCGUUUGCCGAGAUCGCCGACCAGUUCGCGACCAACAUUCCAUCUCGUUGCGCGCUAUGUGACGGCACCGAGAUGAACACUCCCUUUUCCGGCGAGGCAGCGCGGCCGUGCGUGUGCGCCGGCAUGGAAGCGAUUCCUGGUGUCACAGAUGCCAUUUUGCAUUCAGCGUUCGACACGGCCAGCCGCUUCUGGGCCGCCACGCCGUGGCUGCACAUGCGCAUCAACCACGUACUCCGCGUGGAAGUCGCCGGGUCUCCUUUCAGGUUCGUCCAGAUUCUGGGCGGCACCGGGUGCUGCGACGUCGCGGUGAUGGUGCACACCCACUGGGACGACGUCCAGAACGAGAACUGGUCCGUGGGCACUAUGCACAUGAACUCGCAAGGGUGCUACUCGGUCGUGAAAGCCGAGUUCCAACCGCCCGACCAGUGCUGCCGCUCGUGGAAAGACUUGGAUUACAUCGACGCCCAAGCCCGCCUUGGCCGCCCACUCGCCCUACCCGACCCGACCAACUCAGACCCCGUCACCCAGCCGGUGCUGCCGCUCUUCACCCGCAUCUCCAUCAAGCGCAAACCCGGCACCUCCGACUUGGACGUGCGCCAAGUGUCGGCCACGCUCGAAGAAAUUGCGUACCUCCAAGUGGCCAUGUGGACUGUCGUGACGCUCUUGACGGAUCGGUUGCUGCUGGCCGUGCCGCACUCCCCCGUUGGCGACUACCGCAAGUUUUACGCGUUCGAGACGACGCUGUCAUUGCCGGAGACCCUCUCGCUGCCUCUGACCAUGCGCGAGGUAUCUGUGACGUUUCCCGCCGUGACAGACGUGUCAGCUCUGAGCGACUUGCAAGCGGUGGGCGUCGAGCGGGUUCAGAAACCAUCGGACGCCAUGGCCAAGCAGAAGAAGAAGAAGAAGAAGAAGCCGGCCAAGACGGACACUGGACACGGUUGCUCCCCCGCCGAAACCAACGCAUUCGAUGGCGUUCUCAACAACCAUGACCACAUGGACGUGGCGGCGCUCGGUCGCAUGCGCGAUAUCAUGACAAAGAAGGCGACGGCCAAUGGGUUUUACCAAAGGGGACUGUACCGUGAAGCGUACGCCCACUACUCGACCGUGCUGGACGAGUACCACAGCUUUCGGGCGUCGCUGGCCCCGCCCCUCCAACGGGACCCCCAGAUCGUCCUCAACGGCGACAACUUGUACUCGAAUCGGGCCCAAGCCGCGCUCAAACUCGAGUGGUUCCACAAGGUCGUGGACGACUGCAACCACGUGAUCCCGUUCAUGGUGUCCCAGUGCUCCAACACGUACGUAGUGCGAUGUCUGCACGCCCGCGCACGCGCGUACGCUGCCCUGCACUUGUACGACAGUUCGUUUGACGACUGGCAUGUGCUGGCGAUCGAGGCGCAAAAGCAGCCAAUCAAAGCCGGACGUGCGGCGUCAUCGUCGUGGUCGGACGUCCCCCCCAAGGCGUACUUGGCGGACGAGGGCCAGAAAAUCCAGGCCAAACUCGCGGCGUGCACGGUGGACGGACGGUGGCGGAUCAUGGGCACGAGCGGGACGCACCUCACGCGCUUCUUCCACUCGACGGUGCUGCAUCCGGACGGUACGGGGCUGCUCGUGUUCGGGGGGCGGUCCACCACGAUGUUUGGUACGGAGGACAACGACGUCCAGAUUCACGUGUACGACUUCAAGACGCAGGGGUGGAAGGAUGUGGCGGGCGUCGGCCAAGUGCCUCCUUGCCUCGCUGGGCACAGCGCCGUCGUGUACGAUCGGUGCAUGUACGUGUUUGGCGGCACGCCGCUCAACGACGACUUGGUGGAUGACCACGAACGGCACGGGUCGUUGUACCAGCUCAACGUCGACACAUUUGAGUGGAAGCGGUGGCGCAUGCCCGACGAACCCGCCAGUCGAAACGAACACACGGCGAGUGUGCACCAGCACCAAAUGAUCCUCGUGGGCGGACUCACGUGCUCGUCCGCGACCGCCGUCGGCCGCAUCGACGUGUUUAACUUCCAGACGAAAACGUGGUCUGUGCUUGCGCAACGCGGGACGGACCUGGCACCGCCGCCGUCGCUGUCCCUCCACACAUCAUGGAUUCAUGGCCACAAACUGUUUGUGUUUGGCGGCAAGGCCGACACGGCCGACUUUUACGAGUACCAGCGCACGCUCUACACGCUCGAUCUGGCGUCACACACGUGGCUCCCAUCGCCGCCGCCGUCCUCUUCUUCGAUGCUGCCGCCCAUCUUGCCAGGGCCUCGCAGCGAAAGCCAAGCGAUUGUCAUGGACAACACCAUGUACCAGUUUGGAGGGUACGCAGAACUCCCCGUGGGCUCCAAGUACUACGGCGACGGCUACCGCCUCACCCACCACGCCGACGGCACCGCAUCAUGGGCCAAGUUGAACGCAUCAUCCAUUGCAGUGCCGUGGCCGAGCUCCCGGGCGGCGUGCACGCUGACGUUCGAUCCCCACCGCAAGCGCGCCAUCUUGUACGGCGGGUAUGAAACCAUGCGCAAUGAUAUUGUGUACGGGGACAUGUGGGAGCUCAACCUGUGUGACGACAAGCAGCCGAAUCGGAAAAACGACGAAGGAACGCCGUUAAAUGCGACAGUGUGCGGCAGCUGCGGCGCCCAGGGCAAGUGGAAAAAGUGCGCGCGGUGCAACGCCAUGGCCUACUGCUCACAGGCGUGCCAGAAACGACACUGGCCUGUGCACAAGACGUCAUGUCGUCGCAAGAGCAGUUAACGGAGGCAACGGAACAGUGAAUGCGUCACAAUGCGCGACAAGGUUUAGAUGCAAAUGUGUUGGGGGGUUGCUUCUUGGAGGGUGGGCACGCCUUGUGCUAUGCUUUAGACAGGGUUGUGUGACAAGGUUUGGUUAUGGUGCCAUGUGCAAGACGAACGUUGGACUCUGUCGCAGUAACCAUGCAAAAGAUGUAAAGCAAUUGCAUAUAUUCAGGUUAUGUUUCCACUUGAGCUUUCAUGUCGCGAAAUUCGUUCAAGAUCUAUCAUAUAAGGCUAGCAUCCAGUUCAACGUCGAGAGUCUUACGAUGGAAAUGUUGGCG